AUGACUGCCAAUAAAAAAUACAAAUGUGUUAAUUGUGGAGAACCAUGUUCUGCAUUGUACAGAACUUACGGACCAUCGGUUUUAAAACUUACAAAAUGUGUUGGCUGCAAGGGCAUAGUAGACAAAUAUAUAGAAUAUGAUCCUGUCAUAGUAAUGAUUGAUCUUGUCCUUAUGUCCAAAGAAGCUCAGAGGCAUAUCUUAUACAACACUGAUUUUAAGGCAUUCUGGAAAUUGUUCAUAAUACUUGUGAUGCUGGAGACAUACGCUGUGUGGCGCAGUGACAGUUUAUUUUCGAUAGCCGUCAACACAAUCUGUGAUAUUAAAAGUAACUACACAAUCAAUUCAACUAAUAUAAACCUUCCAAUAAAUUUGUCAGUCCCAGAGUCAUGGCGGAACAAUUGUGGAGGUUGGGUUCAAGAUGACAGAGGCGAUGACAGUGAUUUAUUCAUUUGGGAAAAAGAUUUUUAUGUUCAAUUUAUAUCGACGUUUUCCGGUAUCGUGAUAUUCAUCACCACGGUCCAUGUCCUCAUGAAAGUGCUGCAGUCGCUUGCAACUCAUAAUAGAGUGUCGUCGAAGCGGCUGCUACAAGCGUUCUCGUUGGCAAACAUGAGUACGUUGUUCGCUUUACCCAUGCUGGUGUGGGGCAACGCGGACACUCCGCGUGAAACGAGGCUUGUUCACUACUUAUUGGUGUUUGUGUACAGCUUCAUCGUCUUCUGUAAUGUUUUCACUGUACUGUAUGAGAGUCCAAUGUUGAUAACAAUACUGGUGCUCAUAGCUAGCUACAGCGUGAAGCAUUACACAACGUUCCACAUGACGCCGUUUUUAAGGGGAUUUGUGACAUAA